AAACUUCAAGUUGUUAUCAUUUAACUAUUCAUCUAGGUUAUCACCUUUAAAUUACGUUAUUUUUAGAAACAGAACUUAAACAAUUAUAGUGAACAUUAAGAUGUUAUAAAACUAAAAUGGAUCGCUUUAUGUUGUGGUUUAUAUUCGGACUGUUCGCAACAAUCAGGACGACACAGUCUUCCACAGACUGUACCGAUUUAGACAAAGACUGUGCGGAGUAUGGUCAUGAUUACAUAUGUAAUGGCGACUACCUACCAUGGUCCAAAAUACACUGCCAAAAAUUUUGUGGUCUCUGUCCAGUCCACAAUUGUGUUGAUCUCGACCCCGAUUGCAAUGAAUAUGGAUAUGACUACAUUUGCCUUGGUGACUAUAUCCCAUGGUCUCAAAUCCACUGCCAGAGAUACUGCGGCCUAUGUGACGGCAUGCCAACUAAACCCCCAGUUACAACUACGCAGCCAACAACAACAACAACUACUGUCAAAGUUGUUGCCACUACUACACGUGCUACAGCGAAUGUGGUUUGUGUCGAUCUUGAUCCUGAUUGCAGUGAUUAUGGAAACGACUACAUUUGUACUGGAGAUUACAUACCGUGGUCUAUGAUACAUUGCAACAAAACUUGCAACUUCUGUCAUGAGGGAAUACCCAAAAUUGGUCCCCAAAUUCACUGCGCAAAAUAUUGUAAUUUAUGCCAAGUAACAACUUUACCCGCAACAACAAUAAAACUCACGACAAUUCCUUCAACAACCUUGCCAUCUACGUCAACUCCAACAUCCACAACGCCAACAACAACCGCGCCUACAACAACAACACCUACAAAAACCACGCCAACAACAACCAAGCCAACAACCACGCCAACUACAACGCCAACUACAACCACGCCUACUACAACAACACCUACAACAACCACGCCUACUACAACCAAGCCAACAACCACGCCUACUACAACGCCAACAACAACCACGCCUACUACAACACCUACAACAACCAAGCCUACUACAACUAAGCCAACAACCCCACCGGGCACGGUUUCUCCGAAGGAGGCAUGUGGUAAUGUGUUGACAGAUUGCGACAAAUACGCGCUCAACUUAUGUACUGACCUUGACCAAAGAGAAUGGAUGUGGGACAAUUGCAGAGGGCACUGCAAAAUGUGUCUACAAAAUAGGCCGUGUAAGGAUAUCACUAUCGGGUGCGCAGAUUUCAAAGACAUGAUUUGCAGCGAUCCAUCAAUGAGCUUAGAAUGCAAGGAUACAUGCGGGAUAUGUUAAAAUAAUAAAACCUUAUUUGUUA